AAAGAAAAACUACAGCAGCUCAGUGGGAACAGGGUUUUCUGACUGGACAUGGUGCUGCCCCAAUUACCUGAAUUGUUAUCAAGAUUCAUCUGUACAUCGGUGUUUGUGUAUUUCAUGGAGGGGUCAUGGUCAGUCUACAACAGAAGAGGAGACCAGCAGGAGGGCGUGGACCUGACUUAAAGAAGAGAGCAAAAGGAGAGAGGAGGGGGAAAAAAAGAGAAGACAAGAGGGACAUACGGGGCAAAGCCGAGGCCUCCUGAAAAAGAAACAAAGCCUCACACUUGCUUUGCACGAGUGUGUGAGGUUGUCUGUGUGUGUUUUACCCUACGUGUGUGUGAGCAGGUGGGACUUUGAUGGGACAGUGAGCAAUGCCUCACACGCAGCGACAGCAGGUUGGCAGUAGGGGGCAGUGCUCCUCUCGCCUCCUCCCCCUCCUACUCCCUCUCCUCCUUUCCCUUGCUGCCCGGCCCAGCCGAGCAGCCAUACACAUACCCUCCAACUACCACAUAAGAGAUCUAAAGAGGCCUCCAGUGAUCACCACACAGCCGGAGUCUGUCACCGUGUUUAGUGUUGAAGACCUUGUCAUGAGCUGUGAAGCCACCGGCAACCCUCCACCCGAGUUCCGAUGGACGAAGGAUGGAGUUGAGUUUGACCCAAGCAAGGACCCAGAACUGAAGGUGUCUGAACGCUCUGGCUCAUUCGCAUUCUACACUCUCAGUAAUACGAUGGACACCGUGAAGCAGUACCAGGGCAAAUAUGUCUGCUACGCAUCCAACGAGCUGGGAAGAGCCGUCUCUAACGAGGCGAUACUCAGCACCGAUGUUCCCCCGUCCCAGCAGAAAGAGAAAAAGGUUAAUGUGAAGUCUGACGAGGGAAGCAGUAUCGUCCUGAAGUGUAACCCCCCGCAGAGCACUAUGGAGCCUAUCAUUCACUGGAUGGACUGGAGGCUACACCAUAUCGUGCUAAGUGAGCGGGUGGUGGUGGGGAAGGAUGGCAACCUAUACUUUGCCCACUUGACAACUGAGGACAGCAGGGAUGACUACACCUGCAAUGUCCAGUACCUGGCCACACGUACCAUUCUUGCAAAGGAACCCAUCACUCUGACUGUAAACCCCUCCAACUCCGUACUGCGGAACAGGAGGCCCCACAUGAUGAUACCUACUGGAAGCCGCACCACUUACCAUGCUCUCAGGGGCCAGACCGUGGAGCUUGAGUGCAUCGUCCAAGGCCUUCCAACUCCCAAAGUUUCAUGGCUGAGGAAGGACGGAGAGAUGUCUGAAUCUCGGACCGUUAAAGACAUGUUCGACCGCCGCCUGCGCUUCAGUAAUAUCUCUGAGAGUGAUGGGGGCGAGUACCAGUGUAUAGCUGAAAAUUCCCAAGGGAAGGCCACACACACUUACAUUUUGACUGUGGAAGCGGCUCCCUACUGGAUUAAGGAGCCACCCAGUCAGUUAUAUGCUCCAGGUGAGACUGUCAGACUAGACUGCCAGGCGGACGGCAUCCCAUCUCCUACCAUCAGCUGGAGCAUCAACGGGGUUCCCCUCUCCGAAAUCGAAAAGGACCCCAGACGCUCUCUGACAGCAAGUGGAUCUUUAAUCCUAAAAGACGUUGACUUUGGAGACACUGCCAUCUAUCAGUGCCAGGCCUCCAACAAGCACGGAACCAUCCUCACCAACACAAAUGUCUACGUCAUUGAGCUGCCUCCCCAGAUCCUUACUGAGGAUGGGAGUACAUACACAUUUGCAGAAGGCAUGAAAGCGUCACUGGAGUGCGAGACCUUUGGAUCUCCUAAACCAAAAGUCAUAUGGGAGAGCAGCAACAUCUCCUCCCUUCUGGCGGAUCCCAGAGUGAACCUGCUCACCAACGGGGUGCUUGAGAUCUCUAAUGUCACCCAUGAAGACGAGGGCCUCUACACCUGCUCUGUGCACAACUCCAACUUGUCUGUCAGUGCCGAGCUGGAAGUGCUCAACAGGACAGUCAUCGUGUCACCUCCACAGGCUCUAAAGGUUCUGCGUGGAGACUCAGCAAUCUUCACUUGUCUCGCUGUUGUCGACCCCAAACUCAGUCCUCCACAGAUUCAGUGGAGAAAGAACGGCAAUAAGAUCACUGAUUCCCACAGUGACGAAAAAUACACAACUGAUGGACCAGACUUUAAAAUAACUAACGUGGACGAGGAUGAUGAGGGCGUGUACACCUGUCAGGUCAUGACUACACUUGAAACAACUCAAGCCAGUGGCAGCCUCACUUUGUGGGAUCGUCCCGACCCUCCUGUCCACCUCCAGAUCACUGAUGCUAAGCAUCGUACAGUCACCCUCAGCUGGACUCCGGGAGAUGACCACAACAGUGCUGUGCAAGAGUAUGUGGUUGAGUUUGAGAACCAAGCUGCAAAGGAGAGGGGUUGGGAAGAGCUGAAGCGAGUAAGAGGAAACAAGGAGCAUGCUAGCCUCCCUCUGUGGCCCUACAUGUCCUACCGUUUCCGGGUCAUUGCCAUCAAUGAUGUAGGAAUGAGUGGCCCCAGCAAACCAUCUGAAAUCCACAACACACCUGCUGAAGUCCCAGACAAUAACCCUGAGGGUGUUAGGAGUGAGUCCAAAGAGCCAAACACCUUGGUCAUCACCUGGCAGGAAAUGAACACACGUAACUUCAAUGGACCUGACUUCAAGUACCGGGUUCUGUGGCGGCGAGUGGUGGGCAGCGGGCCCAGCUGGCACACCAACUACACAACCACACCAUCACUCACAGUCAAUAACAUCGGCAACUUUUCUGCCUUUGAAAUCAAAGUUCAGGCUGUCAAUGAGAGAGGAGAGGGACCUGAGCCAGACCCCAUCAUUGGCUACUCUGGAGAAGAUGUUCCACUGGAGGCUCCAAUGGAUGUGGGUGUUGUACUGAUAAACAGCACCACCAUCAGAGUGAACUGGGCAGCAGUAGACAAAGAGAAGGUCAGAGGACACCUGCUCGGAUACAAGGUGUACUUGACCAGAACUGGCUCCAGGGGCCACCACCAAGGCCGGAGGUCCAAGGAGCCAGAGAGCACUAUGGUGGUGGCGACUGGAGCCAGCGAGGAGAAGAAGGUGAUCAGUGGUCUCAGACCAUACUCUCACUAUGACCUGGCAGUCAUGGUAUUCAACAGCAAGGGAGAGGGACCCCCCUCUGAGACGCUGUCCUUCAACACUCAAGAGGGAGUUCCUGGUCCUCCCACGUCCCUGAUGCUGGACAGCCCAUCAGAGACAGAAAUGACCCUGCACUGGACACCUCCUGGACAGCCCAAUGGAAUCCUCACUGGAUAUCUCCUGCAGUACCAACAGAUUGUGGAGAGUGAUGACAGCCCCAUGCAGGUAGAGACAAUAGACCCCACAGUCACCCACCUCACCCUGAGUGGCUUGGACCGCCACAGCCCCUACCGUUUUUUCCUGAGGGGGCGCACUGCUGCAGGGGACGGAGAGCCCAUCAUGAGGGACGGCUCCACCACGCUGGAUGGAGUGCCCCCUGCCAACAUUAGCCUAACCGUGGGGGAAAACUCAGUUGACCUCAGCUGGGUGACCAAGAAGAGACACAGGAAUGUUAGCUUCCAGAUCCACUACCUCAAAAAAAAUGAUGGCAGUAAUUGGAAGACAACGGAGGAGGUGAACUCCUCUCAGUCUUUCUACCGCCUCCAGGGCCUUACUCCUGGCUCUCAUUAUCGUCUACGCUUCACCUACAGCAACACCACCUUCUUGGAGACUGACAUCGAGACAGAAGGAACAGGAGUGACAGAGGUGCAACCGAGCUUUGCAACGCAGGGCUGGUUCAUUGGAGUGGUGAGCGCCAUCGUGCUGCUGCUGCUGACACUGCUCAUCCUCUGCUUCAUCAAGAGAAGUAAAGGGGGAAAAUACUCAGUGAAAGAUAAAGAAGAUGGUCCGAUGGACUCGGAGGCACGGCCCAUGAAAGAUGAGACUUUUGGAGAGUACAGAUCUCUAGAAAGUGACCUUGAGGAGAAGCGCACAGCCAGCCUGCCAUCUCUGGGUGAGGAGAGCAAGCUGUGCAGCGAGGACAACCUUGACUUCAACGGCAGCAGUGCCAUAACCACUGAGCUCAACAUGGACGAGUCUCUGGUCAGCCAGUUCAGUCGGCCCAGCGAGGGCCCAGAGGUGCUGCAUGGCCUGCCAGAUAUCUCCCCGCUCAACCCCACCACCAUCUCCUCAGCCACCAAUGGCAUGCCCAACUCAGUCACCAUCCUCGAUUAACCACCAAACAUCCACCGGGGGCCAUCAGACCAAAACAUGUCAACACAUACAGUAUGUGCCCAUAUGUACCUGUUCCCUACUGACCUGCUGAUCUGUAGUUUAACGACUAAUAUACAAUCAAUGUAUUGACUCUUCAGAUGCCCCUGGCAGUCAUCUGAUCGACUGGACUGUUUUGACCAAAGGAGUGUCCAAAGUAGUGGACAAUGUGAUACCAGUUUGACUGACCUGAUGAUGUCUUUUGACCCCUCCAUUUAUCUGUGUAGUUUACAACAUAUCUUAAUGACUAACAUUCAUUUCUCUCCCUUUCUUCUCUUUCUUUCUCUCUGCAGGCCGCUCGAUAGAAAGAUAAAAGACAGAAUGUUGUAUAGGUAGAAUAUCAGGGGGAUUUUAGGUGUGGUCCUAGAGAGAUGCAGAGUAGUGCGUUGAAAGAGGAGGAUAAUUAUAGAGAUAAGUGUGGGGAGACAGACAGCAAACACUGCUGUAAAAAGUCUUAGAUAUUUAUCAUGCCUUAUGUUAUUUCGCACAUUUGUGCGUCUUAUGCCAUUCGAUUGUACUUUCCAGUGACUUUUUUUUUUUUACAUUUUUUUUAACAAAUGCGUUCAUUAUCUGCCAUUUUUUAUUUAUAUCAUCACUUUUUUCAUAUUGUUUUCUACUCUAUUUAUAUAAAACUUCUCCUUGUUGACAUAUUCCACAGAUCAAGAUGUUUUCAUUGAAACUAAGUGAAGCCAAGUUUCUUACUAUAAAUAACAUUGGAUGCAUAAGGGGAACUUGCUGUGAACAUGCUGAGUAGCAUCUGGUGUAUAUAGCUGCAUCUACAUCUAUCUAUUUAGCCAUAAUACAGUAUUAUAGAUAUGUACAUGCUCCUUAUAAGUUCCUGUGCCUGCUGGGUCUGCAUAGAGCACCAGAUUGAUGUCAUUACUCUCUCGCCUUCCCACCAGAAGUGUAAUGUCAUUAUUGGAAAUGAUAUUGUAAUUAUAAUUUUUUUUUCGUCGAGACCUAUGUGUAGCUUUCUAUACGUGUCCUUGUCUCUUUCUACACUGUAUUAAAAAACAUUGUUGUCUCUAAUUAACAAUCUUUUCAUACCUGUCCAUCUCAUACUUCACAAACAAUUUGAGGAGCAGUAUUUAUGUCUAUUUACAGAUCAGAGAGUGGAGUCUCUUGUGGGCAAACACUCAUGUUUUAUUUUCAGACAAUGCAAGCUGAUACUGCAGACAGGCGAUAAUGAUUGCCAAUUGAUGUAUAAUAAAAGCAAGCAGUUGGUAUUUACA